CCUCGCUGGGCCGAGCGUGGAGCGUUGUCUCCCGGCAUGCCGCGCGGGGAGGGAUUUAACACCAAGAUGGCGGACGGCCUGGAUGAGUACGAGAAAGAAGCGGGCUGCGUCCCCAUUCUGCACCCCGAGGAAAUCAAGCCUCAAAGCCACUAUAACCUCGGAUACAAUGAAUCCCUUGGACGCAAAACCCACGUUGACGAUUACAGUGCUUGGGACAUCGUCAAAGCUACACAAUAUGGAAUAUAUGAACGUUGUAGAGAGUUGGUGGAGGCAGGUUAUGAUGUACGACAACCAGACAAAGAAAACGUUACACUUCUGCACUGGGCGGCUAUCAAUAACCGGAUAGACCUAGUCAAGUACUACAUAUCAAAAGGGGCUAUUGUGGAUCAACUUGGAGGAGACUUAAAUUCCACACCACUUCACUGGGCCACAAGGCAGGGCCACCUUUCCAUGGUUGUGCAGCUGAUGAAAUAUGGUGCAGAUCCAUCAUUAAUUGAUGGGGAAGGGUGUAGCUGUAUCCACCUGGCUGCCCAGUUCGGACAUACCUCAAUUGUUGCUUAUCUAAUAGCAAAGGGACAGGAUGUAGAUAUGAUGGAUCAGAAUGGAAUGACCCCUUUAAUGUGGGCAGCAUAUAGGACCCACAGUGUGGACCCAACUCGAUUGCUGUUAACGUUUAAUGUUUCAGUUAAUCUCGGUGACAAGUAUCACAAGAAUACUGCCCUACACUGGGCAGUGCUAGCAGGAAAUACUACAGUCAUUAGCCUUCUCUUAGAUGCCGGAGCUAAUGUUGAUGCCCAGAAUAUUAAGGGAGAAUCACCACUUGAUUUGGCAAAACAGAGAAAAAACGUUUGGAUGAUCAACCAUUUACAGGAGGCAAGACAAGCAAAGGGGUAUGACAAUCCAUCUUUCCUCAAAAAGCUGAAAGCUGAUAAGGAAUUUCGGCAGAAGGUAAUGCUAGGAACUCCUUUCCUAGUUAUUUGGCUUGUUGGGUUUAUAGCAGACCUAGAUAUUGAUUCUUGGCUCAUUAAAGGGCUACUGUAUGGUGGCGUUUGGGCUAUGGUACAGUUUCUUUCAAAAUCAUUUUUUGAUCAUUCAAUGCACAGCGCACUACCACUUGGAAUAUAUUUAGCUACCAAAUUCUGGAUGUAUGUGACGUGGUUCUUCUGGUUUUGGAAUGAUCUUAAUUUUCUAUUCAUUCAUCUUCCAUUCCUUGCUAACAGUGUUGCACUUUUCUACAAUUUUGGAAAAUCCUGGAAAUCCGAUCCAGGAAUUAUCAAGGCUACAGAAGAGCAAAAGAAGAAGACGAUAGUUGAACUUGCAGAGACAGGAAGCCUGGACCUCAGUAUAUUCUGCAGUACCUGUUUGAUACGAAAGCCAGUGAGGUCGAAACACUGUGGUGUAUGCAAUCGCUGUAUAGCAAAAUUUGAUCAUCAUUGCCCUUGGGUGGGAAACUGUGUAGGAGCCGGCAACCAUCGAUACUUUAUGGGCUACCUGUUCUUUUUACUCUUCAUGAUCUGCUGGAUGAUUUAUGGGUGUAUUUCUUACUGGGGAAUCCACUGUGCAACAACAUAUACAAAAGAUGGAUUUUGGACCUACAUUACUCAAAUUGCCACUUGUUCCCCUUGGAUGUUUUGGAUGUUUCUGAACAGUGUUUUCCACUUCAUGUGGGUGGCGGUUUUGCUCAUGUGUCAGAUGUAUCAGAUAUCAUGUUUAGGUAUAACUACAAACGAAAGGAUGAAUGCCAGACGAUACAAACACUUUAAAGUUACAACAACAUCUAUUGAAAGCCCAUUCAACCACGGCUGCAUAAGGAACAUUAUAGACUUCUUUGAAUUCAGAUGCUGUGGCCUCUUUCGUCCUGUUAUUGUGGACUGGACAAGGCAGUAUACAAUAGAAUACGACCAAAUUUCAGGAUCAGGCUACCAACUUGUGUAGCACCACCUUUUCCUGUGAGCAUAUCAUAUUUGAGUGGUGCCUGAAAAAUGUGUCUGUCUGUCCGUCUCUCUCUCUCUCUCUUUUUCUCCCUCAAAUCCACACCUUUGAAUGAUAGCAUGCUAUUGUAAGGCUUAUAUGACUCUUACGAUACUUUCCCUUCAUCAGUUUUCUUAACAGAAGCCUACAUGGACAGAACACACUGCCACGUCUGAUGCCGAGAUAGAUCCAAAAGGGGAUUUUAAAACUUCUUAAUGUGGGGACUGUGCACAGCAUAUUCGGUUGUUUUAUUUUUGUCAUAAUUCCUUUCACAAAAAAGCCCCAAGUUAUCCAAAUAGUCACAUUUUGCUUACUGGAAGUAUAACACCAGUGACAAAAAUUGGGGGUAAACACUGUCAAAUGUUAACUGUAUUGCAUUUUGUUCCUGUAGCGUGGUCUUGAAUGGACAAACUGUAGUAUUAUGUACAUUUUUAAGGUGUGCAUUUCAAUACUGUAACAUAAAGUAUAUGGUUUUUACUAGGAAUCCACUCAAACGUAUUCUUGAAGAGUACUGGAAUAGAAUAUGUUCACAAGAAACGUGCUGCCUAUUUUUUAUGGUUAUCAGCUGUUAUAGUGCUGAUAUGUCUCUAGUAUGGUGAAAUAACUAUUAACCUUGGAGGUUGUAUGGUUUGAUAAUGUUUGCAUGAGCGUUCAGUGAGUCAGAUUUUUCUUUGAAAUUUCAAAUCCCUGGCCAAGGGCGUUGCGCCUCCGUCAUGUAGCCACAACACUAGCAAAUGCUGCCCGGUGAAUAAUAAGUAAGAAUUUAAUUGGCUAUUUUGAAUCAGCAACGUACAGAAAUUCAGGAGAGAAUUCAUUCUAAUGCAGAAUGAGUGGAGAUGCCAUUUGUGAGGCAAAUUGCUUUGGCGGAACGAAAGAAACGAAUGGGAAAGUGUUCCGUAAUCUAAAUCUGAGUUUUCGUUAUAACUGCAAAAAGCAAUGACAAAAUUGAGGCCCUCAACUUUAGGUGGAGCAUGAUUCCUGUAAAUAGCACAUGUGAACAGAGACUAGCUAAUGGGCUAUUUUGGCUUUUCACAUUUUCACAGUGUGAAUAUGUUUUGAACUUCCGAAAAAGCUACCUGAGAUCACAUUCCAGAACGGCUUUUUGUUGUCACAUUAUGAUUGCACUGAUAAUAUUUUUAUUUCAUUCUUUUCACCCUCUACCCACGGGGAACUGCUCACUGCUUCUUUUAACUAUUGUUUACAGAGUGACUGGGGCUCGGUUUUGUCCCCUCAAGUGCAGUAGCAAAGUGGUUCGAGAAACCUGUGAGAGUGGCCGGGGAUCGGGGAGGGAGGAAGGCUGGAAACAGAUCCUAGACCAGUGUAAAGAAUGUGUAUCUGUACAUAAAUAAUUUAUCAAAUAGUUUUCUCUCUGUGAGUGUGUGUGUGUUAGUGUAUUUAAAGCUGCUCAUUUUGUUUGAUCCAACCAAAAAAGAGUAGGAAGGUAUCUAAUAAGCUUUUAGUGAUGUUCGGUAUUGCUGUUAAUAGGCAUUAAUUAUAUCCUGCAAGUUCACUGCAUGUCUGAUGCUUGGCAAAGUUAGCAUUCCCUGUAAUAUUCAGGUUACAGGUAUUAAAGCAAUCCAGUGGUAUUCCCACCCCUUGCCUUAGUAAGAGGAGCAGUGAAUCUGUAUAUAGUUGACUUUCAGUAUUUGCAAGUAGCCAUUUUUUUUUUUUUUAGCUUUUUCUUUGAUCCCAGCUCACAUGCAUAGUUUGCAAGUUCAAGAUAUCAAGACUUGCCGAAAUAUAAACUUCAUGUUACUCAAAUGUUUGCAUAUUGGGAAGUUUUGACAUUGACAUACAGUACUUUAUUUUUUGAACGAGAGACCGUGGGUGGAGUGGUGGCAAGAGAUCUGUGCCAUUUUUGUCCUGGACUGAAUAUCAAACAAUUGGCUAUUUGAACCGAAAAUGCUUCUGCUACUGUAU